CUGCUUCACUCUAAUAUGCCUGCUAGAAGUUUCUCGAAUUCCAGAAAACUCUGGACUCAUGACGGACCCAGCAAGGCAAAUGGCAGGAUAGGAGCAAGGCCGCUGAAUCCCAGGGCAAAGGUAGAGGAUGGCAGAGAGAAAAACCUCCCUCAGAUCCCUGUCUUGAUCUGUGUUAUUUUGUCAGCAGCAGGUAAGGACGGCUCGACACCAGCAGCCCCGGCUACCACAGUAAAAACUAGCACAGUCUCAAGUGCGAAGCCCCAAACUUCAGGAACCAUUUCAGACCCAGCGACAUCCACCAAGUUGAACACGGCCGGCUCUUCGGCAUCCACAUCCCGAGGGGGGUCCUUGAACCCCACUCAGCCAAGCAUCCCUGCGGUGACUACAGUCUCUAUAAUCACCAGUGUCACACACAGUACCACGCCUUCCUCUCCCACUUUAACCACCUCUGAAAAAACAACUCUCCAGAGCACGGACAAAGGAACAACUGCCCCUGGAUACAGCAGUAGUGGCCACGUUCCCACAGCCACCCCGGCCACUCAGAGAACAGAGGUGCCGAGCCCUCUUCCUUCAGGGUCCACUACCACAGGAAACCCUCCUGUGGAUUCACCUGGCAGCCCAGGCUCUCGCCAUUCAACCGCUGCCACUGUGAAGACCCCAGAGAGCUCCACCAGUGGACAACACAGCCUUUCCUUGGUCCCCAGUGGUUCAAGCCCUGCGCCUGGCACUAGCGGCCCCACAUCCAAGGUGUUGCCCACCACCCAAACCUCUUCAGUCUCCACCAUAGCACCCAAGAAGGAGCACCCACCAUGCACCCCAGAAGGAACUCGGCAGACCUCCAGCCAGAUGCCCCCCAAGCCCACCCCGUCUUCCUCCAUGACAUCUCCACUUGAGGGCUCUUCGUCCAGUCCUUGGUCAAGAACUGGGGCCACAUCUACUGUUGGGGGAGACACCCACUCCAGCACUCGUUCGGCUUCAACUGCCCCCCAAGGCCUCAGCACAACCUCUUCCACCCUGGCUCCUGGGAAACCCAAGGUAGACUGCAUGCCUUCUGAAAGGCUGGAUAAGAAGCUGCUCAUCCUGAACCUCACGGAAACCAGCCCCUGUGCAAAGAGCCCUCCAGCGGAUGACAAAUUGAUCACACAGCUGUGCCAAGCAGUCAAAGCCACCUUCAACCCGGCUCAGGAUUCGUGUACAGUACAGCUGGCUCCCAUUCAGGAAAGCCAGGCGGUGGCCCUCAAAAAAAUCACUAUUCAAACAAAUCUCCUUCCUGAGAAUGUGUACGCCCUGCUGAAGGACAAGUGGGAUGACCUAAGAGAGGUGGGAGUCAGCCACAUGCAGCUGGGGGAUGAAGGACCGCCGGAGGAGGCUGAAGACCGCUUCAGCAUGCCGCUCAUCAUCACCAUCGUCUGCAUGGCAUCCUUCCUGCUCCUCGUUGCGGCCCUCUAUGGCUGCUGCCACCAGCGACUCUCCCAGAGGAAGGAUCAGCAACGACUCACAGAGGAGCUACAGACAGUGGAGAAUGGUUACCAUGACAACCCAACCUUGGAAGUGAUGGAGACCUCCUCCGAGAUGCAGGAGAAGAAGGUGGUGAACCUUAAUGGGGAGCUGGGGGACAGCUGGAUCGUCCCUCUGGACAACCUGACCAAGGAUGACCUAGAUGAGGAAGACACACAUCUCUAACCGGGUCUGCUGGUGCCUCGACAGUGCCACAGGCUCCAGACUGACCACCUGAAGUGCCAUUGGACAGAGGGGGAAAAUUCCUCCGUUUGAGGAGGGAAAGACUGGGGGAGGAAGAGUGGACUUCAAGGGUUGCUACCUCCCAAUCCCCACAGGGCCUUAAUUUUUCCCUUUUCAAGCUGAUCAUAUCCUGUUGUCUAGAUCCCUCUUGUAAAGUAACCCACUAGUGCCUGAGCUCAUCGCUGCUGGAGGAUGAGAAGGGAGAUGGAUGAAGAGUCAUGGAAAGGAUCUCAGACUCUAGAACAAACCCCUCGUUUCCCAAGUGAGAUAACUGAGGAUUGAAGAGGGCAGGCGACUUGCACAAGGUCACAGUUACUUGGUGACAGAUUCCUCCCUUCACUCCAGGGCUCAUCUGUACCAAGCACACUUCUCUUCACUUGUGCCCUCUCUCCAGAGCAGCCCUGGGUAGGGGAACACUCCCGAUAGUAGGGGGCUAGGGAGGCGAGCUGGCCUGUACCCUUUUCAGUGGCAUCUGAUUAUAAGGACAGGUCCCGUGUUUCCAUCUCUGACUCCAGCUUCACCUGCCAAUACUCUUCUCCCUCCUCUCCUCUCACCCCUUUUCACUCAGUUUUCAGUCCCACUCUGCCCCAGGGCACCAGGGAUCAGCACAGGUCAUUUAUCACCUUGAACCUCUUUUCCUGGAUUCUGAUUUCUUUGCAUCCAUUUAAUGAUGCAGAGGCCUCCCAGUGUGCUUGAGGCCCGCUCAAGGGAACAGUGGGCAGGUGAAGAGAGGAGCUCUUGGUCCCAGGGUUGCCUCCUCAUGGCAGCUGAUUCAGGGCUCAGAAAUGACACUGGCCCAUUACCCAAGCACCCCUUGAAAAUGGACACUCUCCAAGAUCUCCUUUGGCCUUCUACUCCCACCAGGGAUUAAAAUCUGCAGUAGCCACAGAAAGUAAGAUGUUUCUUUUUGGUCACUGCUCAGCCAAUGGAUGAAUACCGCAAGGCCCAGCCAGAAAGAGCAAUAGUGGUAAGACAGAUCUGUGCAGGCCUCCCACCCCCACCCUGAUCAGCAGAGGUGUGCCUGAACAGACAAUCAAUUCAUCAAACUGCUGGCAGACAGGUGAUACUUGUUUCACAGGAUACUCAGGGACUUUUCAAGUUGCUGAGAGUUUUGUAUUUUUUUUAAAUUCAGCACUCCACUGUCAAAGGCCAAAGCUUUAGCUACUGGAGACUCUUAGUUAGCUCACCUCAUGGAUUCUGAUUCUCCAGAGAGAGAGAGAGAAAAGCCAGGACAUGAGUGCACUCUAAGGUGCCUGAAUUCCCACUCUUCUGGCAUGGAGCUAGGCCUUGCUGUUUCCUCUCCCCUGUGUUGCUGGUGGGGCUACUCCAGUUCUGUUUCUGGUGGCAUCUCAGGGAAACACAAAGCUAUGUCUGUUCCACAGCACAGGGUUUUCUAGGCUCAGCAGUUGCUGUCUUGUAGAAGGCAUCUGAGGAUGGGGCGUACUGAGGCUUCAUCUGGUUUUCUGAGAGGGGAACUCCUGCAUGGAGUUUUUGAACUCUGGCCAUGGCCUGUAUGUUCCUGGGCAUAAAUUCCCUGGAACCAGCUAUCUGCAUUGGAACAGUUUAUUUUAAACAGAAUAGAUGGGGAACAAAGGGGAAAGGUCUAUCCUUUCCUAGCUCCCUGCAUCCUGCUCUGAGGCCUGUAGUCAUUAAAUAUCCUAGGGAACAGGGAAGUCCAGGUGAUCAUGGAUUGUACCCAGGAAGUGUUCCAAGAGCUCGAGAGAUGCUAGGUUACCAGUAUCCAAAUGCAUCUGCUCUGCUCUUCUGUCACUAGUAUUUGGAGGUGGGCAGGAUGGGGAACAGUGCCAAUUUGAGGAGAAAGAGAGGGAAUGUUGGGACAAUGGAGAGAGGUCUGUUUGCUUCCUUUCUUCCCAGGGUUCUGUCUGUCCAGUGGGUUUCUGUCAUGGCCUGUGAGAGGCUAGAGUGGAUUAUUGCUCUUUUGCUGAUUCUGGGUCACAUUCACUGGCAAGGGCUUUUGACAGACAGCAAAUAUUGCUUCUGCAAAUGAUCAAAGGAUGCAGCCCCAGGGCCUCUUAGAGAUGACGACUGUGAAGACUAGAGAGCAGAAACCAUGCCUGGUCAGGGGCAGUAAACACAGCUUUAUCCAGGGAGAACCUGGGGAAGCAUUGGGCUGACUGAGAGGUUCCUUCUUUUUGUGCAUCCAAAUUGUGCUUUUAGUGGCACUUUGGAUCUGACACCUGGCGUUGGCUCGCUCUUGCUGCUAGGACCUCUAUAUCAACAGGCCAUGCCACCAGCAAGUGUAAAACUCAUCUUCCCACAUGCCUGAGUCCGAGUGCUGUCUGAUAAUUCAGAUUCUGGGACCAAGAAGAGAUAAUGACAACACCAGAGGCUUAGCAAGACUCUGAACCAGUUGUACCAAAGAGAAUUUAAGAACUCCAUUUCAGUGGCAAACCACUGUUUCCCCAUGCUGCAAAAACCGUGAAUCUGAUAAUUCCCCAAGUUACAAAAACCAUAGAUCUGAAGAUUUUGAUUGGAUGAAACUCAGUGGGCAGCAUGCUGCAUUGUGAGUGGGAGAGUAGCACGUACAGACAAAUCUGCACUGGAAGGCGGAGUCCGCGUUUAAUCUAGCAGACACCAGGCACGCCCACUGCUUGGUAAGAAAAACUAUCAGAAGAUUUAUUUAAACCAUUUUUGAGCUUUACCUUUUUUUUUUUUUUUUUGACGACAUACUGGAGAAACUUUGAAGAAUAAGUUCAAACUGAUAUAUAGAUAUACAUAUUUUUGACAGUGUAAAUACAACAGCCAUAUUAAUCUACCCUGCACUGCUUUUAAGUAAAUACACUUUGAAAAUAAAUCCAUUAGCUAAGGGAGAUGGCGAGGCUUUUUUCUCUGAACAAGAAUGUAAAUGUCUAUCUUACUAGAAAUGGCAAGUUUUUGAUUUCUUUUUUAACAACAACAAAAAGAUUCAAUAAGACAGGCUGGGGACAAAAUAUUUGUCUUGCAGAUUGGGCAUUUUCAUUUUAAAAUAUGAUCUCUUCUCCCACCAAGUGUCAGUCCCAUCCCAGUAAGGGCUAGGGUCAGGUACACUAGAUGAAGAGUGAUACUCUGGUCACAGGGACAGAGAUGUAGAGAUCUCUUCCAGUCUUUUUCCACAGAUAAACCUGAAGUCCACAUAGGUAAAGUGACAGAAACAGGAUUAAAGCCUGGAUCCAUUGAUGGUCCCAUGCUGUGUGCCUCCAAAGAAAUCAGGGGACUAAGGACUGCCACUUGCAGGCAGGUUGACAUAGACACGACACCAUUUCUUCCCCCAAACUUCCCUAACAAGGCCAGAGAUGCAGAGUGACAGCAGUUUUAACAGUCUAGUGAUGUUCCUAUUUUAUGUCACUACAUCAUAUAGGUCUAAGAUGUAAAUGAACAAUUCUUUCUGCCAAGAAACCGUGUUAUGUGAGCUCUCCCUUAGGAAACCUACUAGUAGAUGAGGAUCAAAGGGAACAAGUCAGGGAAGGCAGCGCAAGAGAAAACCAGAGACUACUUUUUGUCAAUGUUGCGCUGAUUCCCAACACCCAGGGAAAGCAGGGGAUUACUAUUUCAUGGGGUUUUGUUUUUAUUAGUGAAUGUUAAAAAUAAUUUGCCCAGGAGACUGGGGGAGCAUGUGUCUUAGUGGACAGGGGUCUGAAGUACACUGGAAUUUACUGAGAAACUUGUUUGUAAAGACUAUAGUUAAUUAUUGCAUUUUCUUACAAAAAUAUAUUUUGAGAAAUUGUACACUGUCAAUUAAAAUGCUUUUCUGUAAGCUGGUUCAA